UGUCUCCUUUUGCUGGCUGGGCCAGUGCAGCUGUACUUGUUGACUUGGUUGCAGCGUGUGUUAUCAGUUGUUAUACAAAACACUGGAUGAGCAUAUAAUCUCGGGCUCUUAUCCUGUGUGGUCCUCUCAGAGCUACACAGUUACUCAGCCUCUGGGAGCAGUGCUCCAGUCCCUGUCCUCAUCAGGUGCACACACACACGCACACACACACAGGUGGUGAGCCCUCUGCAGUAAUCAGCAGUAACAUCUUACAUGAACUCUGCAGCUCGGGCCUUGUGUCACUGACUCUGUUGCAUCAGACAGACUCAGAAUGCAGACAAAACAUGAAAGGGCUUGUCCACAUGGGAGACAAUCUGUUUAUGUAGCAGCUCCAGGCAUGGUCCAAUCUGAGAAGCAAAGCAGGAGAUAAAACACCCACCAACCUGCACUUCACACAGACUGAACCAAGGACUGAAGCAGCGACUGACCCAGCACCAGGGCUCCUCUAAAGAUGAACUCCUCUGAGGUGGGCAAUGUGCAGGUGAAUGCCACCUUGCGCCCGCUCUGGUACUUGUAUCCGGUGUGCGCGGCUGAACCCUUCGCCUUUGUCUUUUACUACGGCGUCAAAGUUCUGAACCUGGUGGUGGGCACACCCUGUAAUCUUCUAGUCAUCUGGCACAUUGCGUCCAGGAAGAGUGAUGCGUCCACCUCAGACAUCUUCAUCCUAAACCUGGCUGUGCUGGACGCCUAUUUCUGCCUCAUGACGCCCAUCGACCUGGUCAACCGCCUGCUGCUCGGCAACGGGAGCAUCUGGCGUUUUCAGCGUUUUGCCUAUGGGGUCAAAGACUCAGCCCCGCUCUUCCUCGUGUGCAUCUGCCUGGACCGGUACAUGGCUGUGGUGCACCCGGUGGUGUUCAGUCGUGUGCGGGACAAUAAGCUGCGUGUGCUGGUGUCUGUGCUGGUGUGGGGGCUGGUGCUGGCCUAUGGCCUGGCCAAGAGUCUGGUCUAUAACUUCCUGGUUCAGUUUGAGCUGUUCACUGCCAUCAUUCUGUUAGCCUUCGCAGUCAUGCUCUUCUCCAACAUGUCCAUCAUCUGGGUGCUGCGACGCUCGGUGGCAGGGAAGGAGGAGAUGCACCCUGUGAAGAAGAGGGCUUUCCGCAUGGUCAUCAUCAUCCUGGCCAUUAUCGUGGUCAACUACCUGCCCCCCGUGGCCCUCAUGCCCUUCUCCUCACGCUAUAGCUUCAUCGAGUACCACUGUAAGAUCGUCCUGAGUGUCUACCUCAUCAUGGACCUGAGCAGCAGCAUCGAGCCGCUUGUCUACAUCACCAAGAUGGAAGGUGGUGGCUGCUGUGGGCAACAACCUAAGGGCCCUGACGGCCCCCCUACAGUCUAAGACCUGACUUCAAUCCAGGGCUCAGGGCCUGCUCUGUGCUCUGGCCCAAGAUCAUGGGGUUCCCUGUCGCGGUACUGCAGCUCUCACUGCUCCAGACAGGAUGCCCCAGUGGUGUUGAAGAAUGGGUCAAAUGCAUAGGACAAAUUUCCAAUAAAGUGUACCUUAACUUAAGCACUCCACUUUUACUUUCUGGUUACCCACAGCGAGAGUUAUGUGGUCCUCUGUUGUUUUGAGUCUACUGAUUUGAAUGAUUUAUGACUGUUUAUAUCUUAAAAUUUUGUUGAUUUGAUUUGACUAUGUGCAGCAGUUUGGAAACUGUUUUUGUUCUUAAAAUGUACAGGUAUAUAAUACACUACCCCCCACCAAAAAAUUAAUGGAACACUUUGAAAAAACAUCAAAUCUCAAUAUGAGAAAAAAAAAAAGUCAGAAAUCUAUGGCCCCCCAAAAUCUCACAUUUGGUUGCUGCUCAUUUUUUUUUUCAAUUUUUGAGGUCCAAGAUCUAUUGACUCCAGUCAGAUAUUUACAAACUAACUGCUGAACCUGAAUAUUUGAGAGAAUGACCAUUUCUGACACAAAUCUCACACUUUUCUGAGCUUUCAUGUGGAUGGUGUAGAGUCCCAAAUCUGACCAAUCACAGACCAAAUGUGAUCUUUUUGGCCCCUUCUUUGGACCCUUGGUUCCCCAUGUGGCACAAUUAGAUGUUGAUCAAAUUUUUACCAGAGAAACUUUGGCAUAUUCUGAUUAGUUUAAAGUAAUAAAAACAUCUACUAUUAACUUCUUUCAUUUCAAAAGGGAUUUUUGAAAACGCGUUCUCACGGGUCAUUUUUGGUGGAGCUUAGGCACUUUUCCACCUGCAGAAAGGUUCAAUUACCUUUAAUAGACUUAAACUAUAAUUAUUUGCUUGUUAUAAGGGAAAACAAUUGGAGAUUAUUUGUGGUACAUUGUUUGGAAAAGUGUCAUUAAUCAUUUGAGAAAAUUCAACUAUUAACUUCAUAUAAAAUUUUGAAAAAAUGUUUGUUUGCAUUAUUUAUUCUGUUUUUAUUUGACGGAAGAUAAUUUGUUAUCUCACACAGAAACAGCUUUUCAUGAUGUAUAAGUAAAGCAACAAAAGUUAAGAUAGUAUUCAUGGAAACUGAUUAAAAGGAAAAUUACAAUUGGAAUACUCCCUGCCUGUUAAAUCACAAAGUCUCUGGUUCUAUAACCAUGUCUUUCAGUAUCACCAUAUGUGUUUUAUUUUUGCACAAAAACAUUACAAGAAGGCAGUAACAUUAACAAGAAUGAAGAAGAAGAAAAAUUCAGUGUGAAAAAAACCUCAGCGGAAAAUAUCAACAUACUGGAAAAAUCUGCCCAUUCUGGUCUCUUUGCCACCUGCAUGUAGAUCAUGUGUAUUUGUAUCUUGCACACUAAGUGUUCCUAACUACUAAUGAACUUCAGAAAUCAUGUUUGGAUCCUGUCAUAAUCUGCAGUGUCAAGGAGAUAAUUUCGUGCUCUUCUUCUCUGAACUUCUGGUACUUUAAUACAACAGAUUCUGUUCUGAAAUGGGACCCAACAUGGUUCUGUGGAUGUUCAGGAGGACACAUGAGGGUUCUGUCGUCUCCAUUCAUGAAUCUCACACAGACAUCACCAUGUUCAUCUGAACACUCUGAAAUAUUCCCAAUGAACCACCUGAUGUCAUAAAUACAUGCAUAUAUUGACCUGCUGGUACAGAGACAAAUCUGCACAAUCUCAUUUUGUAUUUUCAGAAACUGACAUUUCAUAAAUGAUCUUCAGAUAUUCUCCUCAUUUCUAAUUUAAUCUGAAAAUCAGACCUAGGUUUUCUGAGUGUCAACCCUCCAAAAAAUGUCAAUAAGCAGAUCAUAUUUUCUACUGUGUACUCAAAACCCACAGAACAACUUAAAAACGUCAUAACAAAACAUUGGCAUAUACCACAAACUGACCCUUCAUUGGGUGUGGCUUUUAAAGAGCACCCCCUAGUGGUGUAUAAAAGAGGAAGGAACCUUGGAGAUAGGCUUGUGCACUCCUAUCUUCCUCCAAA